CCCCCAUGGAUACCAAUUUGCUGAGCAACAUCCAGAAGCUUUUCUCAGAGCGGAUUGAUAUCUUCAGCCCCGUGGAGUUUAACAAGGUCUCUGUGCUGACGGGCAUCAUCAAGAUCAGCCUGAAGACCUUUCUGGAGUGCGUCCGCCUGCGUACCUUCGGACGCUUUGGCCUGCAGCAGAUCCAGGUGGACUGCUACUACCUGCAGCUCUACCUCUGGCGCUUCGUUUCGGAUGAGAACCUGGUGCAUUUUUUGCUGGACGAAAUCGUGGGCAGCACGGCUCACCGGUGCCUUGACCCCGUGCCCAUGGAGCAGAGCGUGAUUGAGGUCAUCUGCGAACGUGGGUAGAGAGUGGAGAGUGGAAUAAUAAGGGUGGGUCCUUCAUUUGGACCAUCCAGGGGACAGGAGUUUCUCCAGCUGGGGAACAUUUUAAGAGGCGUGUGUCAAGUUUCCGAAAGAUGCCCUAAUUGAUUCAUGAGUCUCGAGCCAAGUUUCAAAAGAAAACCAGUCAUUUAUUGGGAGCAUCAUUUGGCAAGGCCUUUUUGCAGUCAGAUCCGAGCCUCAUUUGAAUCAGAGUUGAACUUUACCCCUUUUCCUUCCCUCCCCUCAGUCUGUAUCAUAAAUCACAUCCUCCAAUGAGCUGCACCCCUCCCAAGUCUGCUGCGGUAAUCUGAAUGUAUGCGUGGAAUGCGCUCCCCCCCCCUUUCCUCACCAU